GGCGUUCUCUCUCUCUCAACAAGCUCCAAAAAGCCCACACACACCUCUUCCCUCCCCUCUUCCUCCGUCGUUUUAGAGAGAGAAAGUCUAGAGAGAGAAAAUGCACUUCUGAAAAUUAUUCUAACUCAGCGGUUUGAGUUCGAAGCAGAUAAAAGAUUAUGAUGACCUUAUAUUUCUGUCCUGCAUUGCAGCUUGCAAGACAAGCUUUGUAGUGACUUUGACGAUCGUUGACCUGUUAUUCUUUGAAUCCGUUGACGUAUUUGCCCAUGGGCAGUUGUGAAGAAAAGACUUGUAAACCCGAAAAAUCAUCUUCACCUCCACCUCCACCUGCACCUGAGCAUCAGCAGGCCGGUGUACAUGCAUAUCCCGAUUGGGCUACCAUGCAGGCUUAUUAUGGGCCUAGGAUGGCGGUGCCACCAUAUUUCAACUCAGCUGUUGCAUCUGGUCAUGCCGCUCCACCUUACAUGUGGGGACCACCACAGCAUAUGAUGCCACCGUAUGCUGCAAUGUUUCCACAUGGAGGUGUUUAUCCACAUCCUGGAGUUCCUAUUGCGACCCCUAUGAGCAUUGAUUCUCCUGCUAAGUCAUCAGGGAACUCUGAUCGUGGCUUGAUGAAGAAACUGAAAGGAUUCGAUGGGCUGGCAAUGUCAAUAGGAAACGGCAAUGACGAUGGAAAUUCACACAGUGGGGAGACCGAAGGUUCUAGUGAAGGAAGUGAUGGCAAUACAACUAAGGGGGGUCAAAUUAAUGGAAAAAGGAGCCGCGAAGAUUCACCUAAUGCUCCUGCUGUAGUUGGCAAGACUGAGCCAUUCAGCGGUCAAUUAUAUCCUACCGAACAAAACGAACCUUCCAAGAACGUGACCGCACUCACUAUAAACCCUUAUAAGGCCUCCGAUUCUGAGCUGAAGAAAUCUCCCACUGCGAUGACAUCAGCUGCUCUUGCAGUAGUGCCAAGUGAAGCCCUGGUACUGAGCGAGCGAGAACUUAAAAGGGAGAGGAGAAAGCAGUCCAACCGAGAAUCUGCCAGGAGGUCUAGAUUGAGGAAACAGGCUGAAGCUGAAGAACUUGCAAUAAAAGUUGAAGCCCUCACUGCUGAAAAUCUUAACCUUAAGUCCGAGAUUAACCGGUUGAAUGAUACAUCAGAGAAACUGAAGCUUCAAAAUGCACAACUAAUGGAAAAAGUUAAAACUGCUCAGCUAGAACACGAGCCCGAAGACCCUAGAUCCAACCCGAAGGGUUUGUCUCUUAGCACAGCUAACCUCCUUUCUAGGGUCGACAACGGGUCAAGUUCAAGUGGAGAAGGUGAAGUGUAUGAAAGUAACAAUAACCAAAAAUCCGGUGCAAAACUGCGUCAACUCCUGGACGCUAGCCCACGGGCUGAUGCUGUUGUUGCAAGCUAAUUAUUGAUGAAAUAACCCCACCCCAACCCAACCCGACCCAACCCACAAUAAGUACUCUGUUUGCUUACCUUAGUUUUCUAAAGCUCUAAUUAGUGAUGUGGUUUCGGCAUCAUUUUGAAGCUGGAAUUGCUGCUAUGCUAACACUAGUAGAUGAACAAACCGCCUGAAUAGGAUUGUGACUUGAUUGGUAUUUUUAAACUUUUGUCUGGUUGUGCUUCGAGAUUUCUGUAGCGAACCUGAAACGUGUUUUUAGUUUCGGGGUUUGCUUUGAAAUUCGCCACCGGCAGUUUAUCUUAUAUAAUUAUUAAGUGCCGGAGAGAUGAGAAUGUUGAUGGAACAUAGAUAUUAUAUAUGGCUUGUGUAAUAUAUGGGAUAAUAUUAUUGGAUGGUUGUGACUUCA